CGGACGUAUGUGCUCGCGUUUUAAUAACAACAUACGUCCUGGCGCGCAUUGCAUCUUUACCAACUUUCGCGUUAUAUACACAUACAGACACGCGUUUUCCCUCGAGUAUUUCCAGUGUACAUGUGAAAUUAAAAAUAACGUAUACGGAGUCACGAUACGCGUGUUUACGUAGUUUUAUAUGUAAGUCAUAUAUUCAUAAGAAGCAGCAGCAUUUAUCCACGCCUCCGCGCGUAUACGUACGUACGCAACGCCGCUAAGCGCGCCUGCAUAGGAGGAAAAACUCGCAGCUCGUCGUUGCACCUGCAUUGCCUUUUUUAGAAGGAAAAAAGGAAAAAAAAACAAGAACGAGUAGAAGAGUUGCGGCUCUGCCUGUGUAAGUGUAUUCCUCGCAGAUAUUGGUCGAGAAGGAGCAACUAGCAGUAGCAGUACAGGAGUUUCUUGAAAUCCAAGGAAACAGAAGAAGAAAAGUGAGUGCGUCCACAAGACAAUUCGCAAUCGACGUCGCGGAAUCGAAAGAUGGAGAGGACAGCCGGCGCUGGAAGCAGCAGCAACGGCUUCUCGCCACUUCCUCGGGCCCAGCUACAAGGCAGGCGAGCACUUUCGCUGCUCGACGCGGCAGCAGCGGUUUAGCCCCGACUUUGCCUCCGCUUCGUUACUGUACGGCCCGAGGGCCAUCCCAUCUCCGAGCCAGCUCGACGUCUCUAACUUCGUACCUCUUCGCCUGGCAAAUAUCGUACGACGCAUAGUACGAUCGAACGAGAGCGAGGCAGAAAAGAGAGACUGUUAGCGCGACUGUGAGACGCUCGCACAUUGCGCUACGCAGGAAUAGCGACACGAGAAGACUCGCAAGAAGAGGCCGAGAGCAGAUACACAAUAGUAGCAGCAACGCCAAGCCAACGGCUCAGCAGCACUGCAGAAAAGCGAUAAAUAUAUACUACCAGAAAGAGAGAAAGAGUGCGAGGCUUAUUUACGAGCAAAAGUACACGCCAGUGCAUAUUCGCUGUAGUCGUCGUCUCCGUCGCCGUCUUGCUCCUCUCCGUCGCAAUGCCACGUGUUAAGAGGCAAAUAAUGCUCGUCGAGGAUAUCAACAGGCCGGUAACGCCUGACAUGGGUGAGACAAAAUUGAUCAAGCCAGAGUUCAUCGAUAUGGAUGGCAUUACCAUUUUCGAUGAAAUGCAGGCCCAAAAAGUGGCCGAGGAGACGCCCAGUCCUCAUUUACAGGAUCACCAAUAUGGACAGACGCCUUGUUAUCAAAUUAACAAGCGACCAGCUCCACAGACACCGCGUGCCGAGAUAUCGGCAGUCAAAAGAAGACUGAAUUUGGAAAUGGGCCCAAGCCAGUCUACCUUCAAAGCUCCUCGAGUCAAGCGUAAACGCUCGGGUUCUAUUACCAACAAUGGUGCCCACACACCUACCAAAAGCAAAACUGUCGAGAGGACGCGUUAUGAUACCUCCCUUAGUUUGCUUACAAAAAAAUUUAUCAAUUUAGUCGAAGAAAGCAACGAUGGUGUUGUCGAUUUAAACGUAGCUUCGGAAAAGCUAGAGGUUCAAAAACGACGCAUUUACGAUAUUACGAACGUACUUGAAGGCAUCGGUAUACUCGAAAAAAAGAGUAAAAACAAUAUACAGUGGAAAGGCACUAGUCUUCCAAGCAAUCAAAGCAACAUUAUCACUCUGAGGAAAGAGCUAGCGGAUUUGGAAGCGAAAGAGAAUCUGCUCGACAGGCUGAUAACUGGAGCGCAGUCAGAUUUGAACGAUGUCACAAGCGACAAAACCUACGCCUACGUGACGUACCAAGAUUUGCGCGCAGUGGUUGCUUACAAAGAUCAGUCAAUUAUGGCUGUUAAAGCCCCACCCGAUGCAACUCUUCACGUUCCUCAACCGAUUAAUAAUUAUGGACAGCCAAAACUUCAAAUACACAUGCGUUCGACAACCGAAGAAAUUGAAGUGUUCUUGUGUGCCGAAGACACACCAGCACCUAUAAAAGCCCAAGCAACGGCAGCUUCAACGUCUUCUACGGCUUCGGUUGCUGCAUCUACAUCGGUAAUGAACGCUAUUGAAGUUGUACCAGAUCCUCAACAGCAGCAGCAACAAUUACAGCAGCAGCAACAGCUACAGCAACAGCAACAGCAACAGCAGCAGCAGCAACAACAACAGCAACAGCAACAGCAGCAGCAGCAACAACGACAACACCAACAACAGCAACAACUUCUGCAUCAACAGCGACAACAACAAUCACAACACCAACGACAGCAACAGCAAUUAGCUGCGUCGAUGUCUUUGCCGCAAACGCCAACAGCGACAGCACCUUCAGUACAGACUUCAGUUGUUACGAGACAUGUCAACGAAAUGGCAUCGCUUCCUCAAGAAUUUUUGGUGUCCAAUGUCCCCGCCAUAAAAGUCGAAUCUCUCUCCAAUAAUUCGGUGACAGAAAGUUGCAACAUGACAGAUCAAAUGAUGCUUUCGGCCCUCACCUCAGCUGGUAUGAGGGAUGCACUUCUCUGCGAGUCUGACGAUUUCACCUUUAUGGGUAAUAAAUUACAAAUGCCGCCGGAAGAUCAGCAUAUGUCAUCAGAUAUGGGUAUUAUGGACUUCCACUUUGGGGAUCCUCUACUGGCGCUGGAACCACCUCUGUCUGAAUCGGAUUAUUCAUUUACCCUGGGCACUGGAGAAGGCCUAACAGAUCUCUUUGAUUUAUUUUAAUUAAUUAAUUAAUAUUGCGAAUGUAUGAUUUGCAUCGAUUUAUUUUUUGAGUUGCGUUGACGCGGGCAAGGGUAUGCCAUUUACCCUUCACUGAUACACAACAUUGUACUUAUCAGUACCUGUCUGAGGCUUUUUGAAAGUCGAUAUCGAUAAAAAUUAUUCCCUAGAUUCAACACCGCACUCUGGGCUCUGUUCUAAAUAAUUUUUAUCUACGUCAGAAUAGAGUACACAUAUCACGAAAAAAAACGGCAGUAUAAAUGACCAGUUUCAGGUGACUUCAGCUCGCAAUAUUGAAUAAUCAAUUAAUAAGAUGAUCAAUUAGCGAACUAUUCAAAGCCUUCAAACUCACGUCAAGGGUUUUUCCGUGCAAUUUAGAUUUGUGUAUAAUAGAGCGAUUUAAAGUCGCUCACGUGCUGAAAAAAUGUACCAGCAUUGUGUAUAAAUGCUGUAGCGAGACUGCUGAAUAUAUUCGUUUCUAGAUUAUAUAUAUUAUAUAUGUACUAUAUUAUUAUUUUCUCGCGUAAAUGAAGAAGUACGCAAAACGUCUUAGAUCUGACACUGUAAUAUAUUCCUUCUUUGUUUAAUGUUUUUCUCACGCGUAAAAUUUUUUCUGGAUCUAAGACAUUGCAAUUUCAGUAAGUAAAUCUUACACGUUGCAUGGUAAAUAUAUUCUUAAAGGUGAUCGAUCGUAUUUUCUUUAUUUAAUGCGUGAACAUGUAAAGUCGAAUAACUGCGUGUGUGAAUGAUUUUAGACGAAUGCGUGUGUAUUGAAGAGAUUGAUUUAUAAAAUUCGAAUCAAUCUGUUGAAUCUUAGUCUUAAAAUAGAUUUUUGUAUAAUUACUUUUCGUGGUUGGUUUUGUACCUAUGUACCUUGCUUACAUAGCAUAUAAAACUUGAUAUGUAACAAACUUUAUAGUACCUCAAUAUACUAUAGACUGAAUUUUACUUCAGUGAUACUUUUAUAUUACGGUGUGCAUUUUAAAAAAAAGCACUCAGUACAUCGAAAUUUACGAGGUAACUGAUCAAAGAACAAAGAUCUUAAUCAUUACGUUGUCACAUUAAUCACAUAUGAUACUUGUAUAGAUUUUCCAAGAUUUAUUCAAGAAACAAUGUCACCACUUUGUAACCAAGGGGUCUUCUAAGGAAAAAGAAUUUUUCAAAAGAAAGAAUAAAACAAAUUCUUUAACUAUAUAAUACCUUUUAAACGCUGUUUUGAUAAUAUUUAUUUAUUAAAUAUAAAAACGCGUGUAAUUUAUACAUAGCAUAAACAAUGUUUUAGCCCAGGACAUAUUUUUAUCGAUUCUAAAAAGAUUCUUACACUUAUAUAUUUAAGCGUUAUCACUAUCAAUCAAUUGAUCUAAUUUUCCUUGGAAAACCCUCGAGGAUGUAUAUCUAAUAUACCAGUUAGUGUAUGUCCAAGCCAUAGUGCCUACAUUAUUAAGAUCAUACAUCUCUGCAAUUGUAAAUACUUUGUAUACUUUCGUAUGUAAUAUUGUAAGGACGUAACGGUACGAACGAAGAAUAAAAAGGCGACACUGUUUAACUUUAAACAGUAUACGCUUAUCACAAUUAUA